GGCUCUGGCCGUUUUACCCCGGACAGGUGACCGCGGCGAAAUAGGCCGCGGGCCAGAUGUGGGGCGGGAGGGCCGGGGCCUUGCCCCGGGUGUGGGGGUUGUGGCCGCCCGGGGUCCUCGGAAGGAGGCCGCUACGCUGCAGUGCUGCGUCGCUAGCAGGAAGCAGCUCCCCCCAGUGCUGGAACUGCGGCGGCCCCGGGGGCCCCAUUCGCGAGGACGGGUUCUUCUGCCCACAGUGCCGGGCGCUGCAGCCACCGGACCCCACUCGAGACCACUUCAGCCUCAUGGACUGCAAACGUUCCUUCAAUGUUGACACUGCAAAGCUCCAGCAUAGGUACCAGCAGCUACAGCGUCUUGUCCACCCAGAUUUCUUCGGCCAGAGGUCUCAGACUGAAAAGGACUUCUCAGAGAAGCAUUCGACCCUGGUGAAUGACGCCUAUAAGACCCUUCUGGCCCCCCUGAGCAGGGGACUAUACCUUCUAAAGCUCCAUGGAGUAGAGAUUCCUGAAGGAACAGAUUAUAAAAUGGACAAUCAAUUCCUCAUGGAAAUAAUGGAUAUCAAUGAAAAACUCGCAGAAGCUCAAAGUGAAGCUGCCAUUAACGAGUUUGAAUCUAUUGUCAGAGCUAAACAGGAAGAACUGACUGACAAUUUGAGCAGAGCCUUUGAACAAGAUGAUUUUGAAAAAGCCAAAGAAAUUUUAACAAAGAUGAGAUACUUUUCAAAUAUAGAAGAAAAGAUCAAGUUAAAGAUGAUUCCCCUCUAAUUGUUGCUGAUUUUUUUAAAAAUAAAGUUCUUAUUUAUUUCUUUUCUGGCUUCUGCUAGAUUACUUUAA